CGUUUUCCAUGAAAAAACAUCGAGAUUCCAAAAAUCAAAACAAGAUUUCGCAAGUUUUUACUAUACUUUAAUUUUGCUGAUAAUUCUAAUUCAUUUAAAUUGUGUAACCAAUUGAUUACUUUACAGUUCAGGAAAGAAACAGAGCCAAUUGCAUAAUACUUCGUUAUUACAUUUAAUUAUUAGGAAACUAAAAAUUUCCGACUGAGAAAGAUGAAUUACACGGAAGAAUUCGUAGUGAAAACUGAAAUUGAUGAUUCUGGAAUGGACUUUAACAUAGAGAUAGAAGUUUUAAAUAAAGACUGGUGUAUGGAUGAUGAGAAUUUUGGCACAACUAACCCGUUUGCUGAAGAAGAAAUUGUCAUAGACUACGACGAACGGUUGAAUAAUAUUAUGAGAUGUUGUCGCUGCGGUGAGCUCUUUGUAGACAGCCGCAGCCUGUUCCAACACAAUUUAACGCAUUUAUUUGUGCCUUUAGAGAAAUUGCCCGACAAAAUAUUAGAUUUUUAUGAACCACCGGAUGUGCCUACGGAAUCCAACAGUCUACUUAUGAAACGGAAAAUGGACAUUCUAGAAAAUACCGAGACCAAACCAGACAUGCUGAUAAAAUGCGAAAUUGUUGAAUGUGAUUCAGAAAUUAUGGAACAAAUCAUAGAUACAGAAUCUAAAACAGAUAGUAUUGUAAAUCAACAAUCCGGACCACUAGUGAUUGACAGAAAACUGAAGAAGAAAAAGACUGAAGAUAACAAUAAUGAAAUACCGAUAACAAAAAGAGAUCACCAAUGCAAUAUUUGUCUCAAAGUUUUCAAUUACAAGCAUUGGCACGCCCACAUGAAUGAAGUUCACUCCACAAUUACAAUUACAUGUAAAUUAUGCAAAAAGGAUUACAAGUCGAAAAAAAGUUUAAGGAAACACUCAUGCGGUGCCAAACCAAAGGAAAAGGUUAUAAAAAAGAUAAAUCCGAAAGAUUUAGGGAGUUUCAAAUGUAGCGAAUGCAAUUCUGUGUUCAAUUCUAAAGACUGUAUGCAGAAACAUGUCAAGAAUGUACACAGCAAAGCUGUGAGGUGUGAAAUAUGUAAUUCUCGUUUAGGGAGCGAGAUGUACUUAGCCGCUCAUAUCAGACGAGUUCAUUAUGAUGAUGGGAAAGUCCACAGUUGUGAUGUUUGCGGUAAGAUAUUCAAAUCUCCAAGAUAUGUUAAGAUACAUAUGAAAAAUACCCAUUGUAAGAAGAGUAACACUGAAGAUUCUGUUGGGAAUGCACAGUUUCGUGCAGGUGAAUCCGCGCAUGCGUCAGAUAAGAGGGUUGAUGCCAAGAUCGCCGUGCGUUCAGAAACAUAUGACGUGGCUUGAGCAAAGUACGCUGCACACUCUCGAUCGACCCGAGUCAGCCGGCAACUCUCUGUCUCAUUUUUGCGUCGUACCUGUCGCAUUGAGGGCUGUGCCGGCAACCCAUCUUGGGAAUGUUAUUGUCGUCUAUCAGCUGUCAAGGUUAUGCCUUAGUAUGUGCAAAGUUACACGCCACAGGCAGGUGGCAACCUAACUGGUGGCGACUGAAUGUGAGCAGAGCUGUCGAGCCGGGGCCAGGGAGUGGCUGUAACUAGCACUCUCUAAUACUGUAUGUAGUCAUUACCUCUUCAUAUUGAGUCAAUAGAUAAUAGCUUAUCCUUGUAAGUGCUUAAACUUUGUAUUUGAAGACCAUCCAUGGGCGUAACAUACCCAAGUACUGUGUUAUUAGUUAUAAGCUACUGACUUACCUGUAACAGAUUAUAUUUCCGUUGGUGAAGAA